UGAAUGUGGUUGGAACUAAGGAGAGCUGUGUUUUUUUUUUUUUUUUUUUUUAUGGACACCAUAUCAAUAGAAACUCCUCCCUUCGCCAGCCCGUGAUGCUCUUUAUUGUGGAGUUUUAUAUAUAUCCUAGGAAUUUGGACUGCUACACCGGGCACAAGACAAAGGACAUAGCCCAGCAAAACGGGAUCCCAGCAUUGGUGAAUGACGGCACUGCAUUCUAAAUUCUGGAAAUUACAGGGGUAGAGGAAUAAAGAUAGAGACAGAAGCGUAGGAGCAGCAGAGAGUAAGCAGGCUGAACACAUCAAACCGACCGCUCCCUGAAGAGCCUGUGUUAUGAGUCUGUGUCUGUGUGACUAAAUAAGGGAUGCGUGCGUGAGCCUGGUUCACAUUCUGAACCAUUUUAAAAUAUACAUUUUCCUUUUUGACCUGAGAGACAGAGUGCCCUCCAAUGAAGCGUGUUUAGCGUACAUCGUUGACUUCACGGAGAAAGGUUUAUACAUAUUGAAAGAGGAUCUGGUAAUAAACCGUAGAUAUAGUUUCCGAGGGGGAAACAAUGACGGCUGAAUUGACACUUUAAUUGACUCUGGAAGGCAGGAAUAAAAGCGAUGCGUCUGAAGAAGCGAGGGCUGAUGUAAACAGACACACGCCACCUUCCCCUGGGACUGGGAAACUCUACAACUGGGCGCAGUGACUUUCAAAAAACCUCCUCCACGCUGCUUUGAAAAAGUGCACAAUAUGGGCAUAACUGUAAACCAAUGCAAGAGGCUGACGUCUAUGAGAAAAUGGAAAAAAUUUAAGUAAAUAAUAAUUUAAAAAAAAAAAAAAAAAAAAAAAAAAAAAAACGUUUGUCAAAACGACUCAUAUCAUAUCGUAAAUUGUGAUUUUUAUUUCUGUUUGGUAACUGCUUGUGAUUUCUGGAGGACUUGGAUUUUUGACAAGGUGAUAAAUAAAAUAAACAAUUUUUUGUUAAGAAAAACAAAGUACAGGGACUGACCUUGAAAAAUAAAUACAUUGUUAGUAUUAAUUAGACGCUCGUGAAAAGGCAGAUGAAGCAAUAAUGACACUCGGAUGGUUACCAUGUACAGAACGCAGUGGCUUGUACAGCCAUUUGAUUUGAAAUUGCGCAGCAGUUAACUGGUAACGCUAAUUGCACCUGUGACAUUUACGUGCAGGUGAAUAGUAAAGCGGUAAGUGAAACGACUGACACCAAGACACUGAUGUAAUCUGUGUAUAGCGGAGAAGAUUGGCGACAACAACCUGAUCAUUAGUGCUCAAACAAGCCAAAUUGGUGCGAGGAUGGUCCCGCUGAGACUUGGGAGAUGUUGAGUGCAGCUGGUUCUGGGCGCGUGACAAGGGGAGAAUGAGAACAAUGCGAUUGCAGAUCAAGCUCAGAGGCCUCUGCUGAAGCAAGUGUAUUCUUAUAUUUCAGCGUCUUUCACGUGUGGCUGAAAAAAAAAGAGGUUCCUAUGCUCUCAAUUCUAGAAUAUCAAAAAUAGGAAACAAAUAUGUAUCUCUGUCAACAGUAAAAUCCGACAACACGCCUGAUGUUUCUGAUUGAUUUUGAAGAGCUUUCUGACUAAAACACACAUUUUCUUUGCUUUAACAAUUUUAUUUGCUGUUGAAGUUUUACCUAGAAUAUCCUACCCAGGCGUUCAGUAGAAGAAAUGGAUUAACCCUUUCACCCCGGGAUCCUUCUGGCGCGUGUAAGAGGCAGUACACUGGAAAAGGAAGUUUAAAGCAGCGAGCACAGAAUUGAAGGGGUUGUGGCGUGACACUCGAGCAGGGGGCAUCACCUUCAUAAAUCAUAGCCGGGAAUAAGACGACAGGAUGCCGGUCAGGAGAGGCCACGUGGCGCCCCAGAACACAUUCCUAGAUACCAUCAUCAGGAAAUUUGACGGGCAAAGUCGUAAAUUCAUCAUCGCCAAUGCACGAGUCGAGAACUGUGCCAUAAUCUUCUGCAACGAUGGCUUCUGUGGCAUGUGUGGAUACACACGGGCAGAGAUCAUGCAGAAACCGUGCACCUGUGACUUUCUGUACGGGCCACAGACCAAGAAGGGAGCCAUUGCGCAGAUUGCACAGGCUCUGCUGGGUUCCGAGGAUAGAAAGGUGGAGAUUAUCUUCUACAAGAAAGACGGUGUGUGGUUCUUGUGUCAGGUAGACGUGGCCCCAGUGAAGAACGAAGAUGGCACAGUGAUAAUGUUCAUCCUGAACUUUGAAACAAUGACAGAGAACGAUCUGCUGCACUCUCCUGAGAGGGAUGUCAAUCACAAGGUCCCCUCUAACUGGUUCCCAGCAGCCAGGGUGCGAGGCUUCAAGCUACGUUUUCCGCUGCUGCGCUCCCUGACAGCCAGUAAGCAUUCCCUGCCACAGGAGGACCCAGACGCGGUGGUGGUGGACUUGCCCAAGCCCAGCAGUGAGUCUCUGGCCCUGGAGGAGCUGCUGUCCACUCCGGAGAGGAACUGCCUGGUGAGCUCCGAGCUGCAUCAGACGGAAGACCAGCGAGCGCACAUUGACGGGAUGCUGGAGUCUCUGAACCUCUCCUCCCCGCAGCCAGACCGCCUCAACCCCGACAUGUCCUUCUCCAACUGCAGCCUGACAUGCAGCCGCUCCCGCGAGAGCUUCUACAGUGUGCGCCGAGCCUCCUCCGUUGACGACAUUGAGGCGAUGAAGACCGACUUUGACAAGAAAUUCUGCAAUCGCCAUGCCAGCACAGAUGGAAUAAAUCACAUCAAAACCACCCUUCUGAACUCCACCUCGGACUCUGACCUGAUGCGCUACCGCACCAUCAGCAAGAUACCCCAGAUCACCCUGAACUUCGUGGAUUUCAAGGGGGAUCCAUUCAUAGCCUCCCCAUCCACAGACACGGAGAUCAUCGCACCGUGCAAGCUGAAGGACCGCACACACAACGUCACUGAGAAGGUCACACAGGUUUUGUCACUGGGUGCCGAUGUUCUUCCUGAGUACAAGCUGCAGGCUCCCCGGAUCCACAAGUGGACGAUCCUACACUACAGCCCCUUCAAGGCAGUGUGGGACUGGCUGAUCCUGCUGCUGGUGAUCUACACGGCCAUCUUCACACCCUACUCAGCGGCCUUCCUGCUCAACGACCGGGAGGAAGUGAAUCGCCGGGACUGCGGCUACUCCUGCAACCCACUCAACGUGGUGGACCUCAUUGUGGACAUCAUGUUCGUCAUCGACAUCCUCAUCAACUUCCGCACCACCUACGUGAACUCCAACGAUGAGGUGGUGAGCCAGCCCGGCCGCAUCGCCGUGCACUACUUCAAGGGCUGGUUCCUCAUUGACAUGGUGGCGGCCAUCCCCUUCGAUCUUCUCAUUUUCCGCUCCGGAUCGGAAGAGACCACCACUCUGAUUGGCCUCCUGAAGACGGCCCGGCUGCUGCGAUUGGUGCGUGUGGCGCGGAAGCUGGACCGCUACUCUGAGUACGGCGCGGCAGUGCUCUUCCUUCUCAUGUGCACCUUCGCCCUCAUCGCGCACUGGCUCGCCUGCAUCUGGUAUGCCAUCGGCAACGUGGAGCGCCACUACCUCAGCCCACGGAUAGGCUGGCUGUACUCUCUUGGAGACCAGAUUGGCAAAUGCUACAACGAGAGUGACCCCUCUUCUGGCCCCUCCAUCAAGGAUAAAUACGUGACGGCGCUCUACUUCACGUUCAGCAGCCUGACCAGCGUGGGCUUCGGGAACGUCUCCCCCAACACCAACUCCGAGAAGAUCUUCUCCAUCUGUGUCAUGCUCAUCGGCUCUCUGAUGUACGCCAGUAUCUUUGGGAACGUCUCUGCAAUUAUCCAGCGGCUGUACUCGGGCACGGCGCGAUACCACACUCAGAUGCUACGGGUUCGAGAGUUCAUUCGCUUCCACCAGAUCCCCAACCCACUGCGGCAGAGACUGGAGGAGUACUUUCAGCACGCCUGGUCCUACACCAAUGGCAUCGACAUGAACGCGGUGCUGAAGGGUUUCCCGGAGUGCCUCCAGGCAGAUAUCUGUCUGCACCUGAAUCGCAGCCUGCUGCAGAACUGCAAAGCCUUCAAGGGAGCCACCAAGGGCUGCCUGCGAGCGCUGGCCAUGAAGUUCAAGACCACGCACGCCCCCCCGGGCGACACACUGGUCCACGCGGGCGACGUGCUCUCCGCACUCUACUUCAUCUCACGCGGCUCCAUCGAGAUCCUGCGCAGGGACGCUGUCGUCGCCAUUCUGGGUAAGAACGACAUUUUUGGAGAGCCAAUCAACCUGUACGCUCGACCUGGCAAGUCGAAUGCGGAAGUACGGGCGCUGACCUACUGCGACCUUCACAAGAUCCACCGCGAGGAUGUGCUGGAGGUUCUGGACAUGUACCCUGAGUUCUCAGACCACUUCUGGUCCAACCUGGAGAUCACCUUCAACCUCAGAGAUACCAACAUGAUCCCAGGAUCCCCAAGCAGUGAUGACUCUGACUGUGGCUUUAACCGGCUACGGCGCCGAAAACUCUCCUUUAGGAGGCGGACAGAGAAAGAUGACGAGAAAGCUGGUGAGAUAAAGACAACCCAGAAGCCUUUGCAAAGGGGGAGAAGGCAGGGCAGCAGCAACCGGAGGGAAGGGAGGAAGGCAGAGUGGGAUGGUGCUCACAGCUCAGUCUCCUCCCCUUUGGAAUCCAGCGAUGAGGAGGGUGAGGGACCUCUGCUACAAGCCCCGCCCUCUCCCUCCACCAUCCUGGAGAUGUCCCCCACCAAGGCCACACCCACACAGCUGCACUUUGGGGAAACCCCAGAGGGAGAGGGAGACCCCAAGACAGGCAACACUUGUAACACACUCUCGGGAGCGUUCUCGGGGGUGUCAAAUAUCUUCAGUUUCUGGGCUGACAGCCGUAGCCAACAGUACCAGGAGCUGCCGAGAUGCACCGUGCCGCGACGCGCUCCUGGCAAUGUGCCGACACACAGCAUCACACGGCGGCAGAGGUCAGAGGUGGAGUGCAGGCUGGAUCUGCUCCAGAAGCAGCUGAACAGGUUGGAGUCCCAGAUGACAUCAGAUAUUGGUACCAUCAUGCAGCUGCUGCAGAGGCAGUUAGUCUUGGUGCCGCCAGCCUACAGCACGGUGCUGUCUCCUCCACAGCCGGCACCCUACCCUGGCCUGGGAGAGAAGCUGGUGCACCCUGUCCCCCCGCUGGAGUCUGAGACGCAGGCCUCGCUUCCUCAGGAUUUCGAAGCAUUUCCUCUGAAGUCCUGUCACUCCCUUCUGAGCACCACAGAGGUGCUGCCAAAGGAGCUUCCAGCAGAGACACCUAUGGCCGGGGAGGCAUGCCAGACAGCCAGCCACACCGAAGCAGACCAGCCACGAGGGGCAACAUCCUGCCACGAGGGGCCACCCCGGCUCUCCUUGUCCGAUCAGCACAGAGGGGACCCCUUGGACUCACUGACUCCUCAGCGGCACAUCUCAGACCCUGGGAGCUAGUGUUCACUUGAUAUAUCAUCAUGAGCUCUUUUGUGCUGAACAACACGAGGGGCAUCUGUAUUGCUCUACAGUGGGAACAAAAGCCCUCUAAGAGAAAACUCAAGUGUUUUAUUUCAUUUUAGGACACCUUUUAGGAAACCUGGUAACUACUGAGAAAGGCUUUUCUUGACAGACUUGAAAGGAAUUAAGGAGACAAAUAUUUCUACCUGUUUAGUAGGUACAUUUCGACUGCAGUAACUGUGCACAGAGAGAAAGUCUGUUUCUGAUCUCAGGUAGAGAGGAUAUGAAACACAAGUGAACAGGCCUAUAGAUAAGGAGCCACUGUUGCAAAGAUGAGGCACAGCACAGUGUCUCAAGAACUCUUUGACGCCUCAAUCCUUUGUUUGCCUUUCCUGCAAAGCUGACAUUCAUAAAAUAAUAAGAAAAAUAGCCAUUUGGUCUUGCACUGAAAUUCAGGAGAAUAUUCCUUCCUGACUGAAACUGAACUUUUAAGAUGUUAGCUGGCCUAACAAUCAGUCACCCUUCCUAUUCUUUCAGGGGCGCAUUCACAGAAUUCACUGCUCCUGAAAGAAUAGCCAUUGGUUCUAACUGAGCAUAUCAAAUUUUCAUUGAAAAACCUUGUAUAGAUUGUUCAAACAAAGUCAUAUAACAGUAUGCACAGCAGUUCAGAAUAGUAAGUUAUUUUAUGUAAAUAGGAUUUUAGUUCAAUGUUUAUGUAAGCAGAGGUGCACAUUCUGCAGAGAUACAGCUUGAUCUACCACUGCACCCUUAUACAGUUUUAGCCGGCAAUAGCCAGUUAUUAUCAAUCACAUUUUACAAAAGUUGACACAGCUACCACACCUCAUAGCAAAGGCUGGCUUAUGUUGUCUUUUCUUUCACUAGUGAAAUCCCUUCAAUAGUCAGCAGUUGGCAGAUUGGCUUUCAUGCUUUCAGAAAAAUUCCUUUUGACAUGUUUCACAGGCACAACCUGCUCCCAGUCAUCCACAUUGCAUGAAUAAUGAAGCAAUAGGGAUGUGCAGACACUCAAAUUUUAUAAGUAAUCUCCUUUAACAUUGUUUAAGUGUGCAGGUAUUACUUAAUUCAGAAAGAAACCUGCUAAGAACAUAUUAAUUGCAAAACAUGAAAUCCUGAUUUUCCCAUAUUUUUUUUUUUGCAGUUGCACGUUAAUAAAAUCAACCAAUAAUAAUAAGACAACAUUUUCUGGUAGUGAAAUUAAUACGGAAUUAUCUAUUUGUUUGUCAGGUAGAGCCGGAACAACUCAAGGUCUCUUUCAUCUGAAAAUAAGGUGUUCCACUUCAAGCAGUAUCUGAGAUUAGCUAUAAACAUUAAACCUGUCCUGUUGUGAAGGAACAGUCCAUUUUUACAUUAUUGCUUUGCGCAAACUGUUUCAACAAAUUUGUAAUUAGAAUGAAAUAAGUGUCCUCUGUGUGCAUAUCCUAGGCAUACAGUUAUCUAGCCAUUAUUAUCUAAUUGUAUGGAUGUUUGUAUAUUGCAACAUUUUGCCUGCGGCGUCCCUGGGUUGCUCUUGUAAACGAGAUGCUGCCUUGUCCUAGUUAAUAUUAUCCCUGUGAUAGGAAAGGCGUGGUGGUUGUCCGCUGACAGAAAGACAGAGACAGAACUGGCACUGACACAUAGCUCAGGUGCACCAAAUUUGUGUUUUCAAUAAACAAAAAUAAAUACGGUGACACGAUCAACAAUGGUAGAUCAUGGGUGGGUAUACAAAACUUUACAAACAAGUUAAUCAAAACACUAUAAAAAGAAACUAAAAAUAAAAGUUUGCCGUGAACAUGGCAGUCUUCUUGUUUGGUAUGGCUUUUGAAAAGCCAGCUGGCUGCCGUUGCAAUUUUAGUUUUGUAAUCCGUUCCACAGCAGCUGGUGUAGCUGGGUGAAGUCAACUUGUUCCGUCUGAAUCCGCGUGUAUUGGGCAAUCAUCUGGGGCUCCUAUUUAUAGUGAUAUGCUCCACUGAGACACGCCCCAUCAGCCAGAUAAAAAAACACAGCCCUUCAAUCCUCCGCUGUGAUUGCCCAUCACAUGCUACAUACAUAAAACCUCUGCAGUACUGAGAUUUCUUCCACAUACUGUGGGUCGCUAACACCUAAUUAGUGCAAGAUGUUGUCUGUGUUAUCCAACAGUCUUGUUCUCUUCAGGGGAGCUGAUGUCUGUGUUUACCCUAUCAGAUAAGCACACAGAGAUGUUUACAAACAAUGUUGAUUCCCAUUUUUCCAAUACCUCUUGAAGGUUUUGCUCUGUUCUGCCCAGCUGUUGUUAAGGUUGCUUUGCUCAACACAAAACUUUACUAGUACAGCAGCAGAGGGCACCUCAACUUGCUGACUGAGAGCUCUGUUCCCAUAUUAAAGAUUACCAUAGUAAAAUCACAGAAAAUGUAAUAAGGAAUAUUGAAAUCAUGGUAAAGCAUGAUAGAUAUGGUAAAAUAAUAAUAAACCAUAGGAAAAGCAUGAGAAAGCUAUAAAAUAAUCAUGCAGAUUUACUGUGGUAAACUUUAGAAGGGUAAUGCUGGUUAUUUAGCGUUCUUUUAAUGGUUUAAAUUAUGCUGGAGAUGCACUGCAGUGUAAAUGAAUGUAACAGUCGGAGUAAGAUUGCUUCGAUGGACCUGCACAACUCCCUUCAGACAUAUUCCACAAGGACAGGUUUCGGAGCUGCAAGUGCUGGAAACGUUCCUGAAAUCUGUUGUCUACCUUGUGGCACAUGGAACAUUUCAGGGUGGAUUCACAUCUAAAAUCAUCAGGUGGUGUGUUUUUGUUAGGUCUUUAUAUGGGAUCCCUGUUAGAGGUUGUGUUUAAUGUUUCAGUGUAUGAAAUAAGAAUGUAUUAGUCCUAGGACUGUCCUUUCCCAUUAGCAUUAGGGGAGCUGCUUUGUUAUCCGUUUCCUGAGUGAGGCUUUAACCAUCCUGAAUCGUGCCUUGUGUUAGCCCUGUAUCUCCUUGUAAAUAAAGAGAACAUUUUGUAAGGAAGUUGAGUUUGCCACUCAAAGCCAGUACUAUGCAGAAACCUACAGCAUGUUAACUUGGCAUCUUUGGGUCAAGAGUUAAACAAAUAAAUACAUUGUGUACAUUGUAACUGCAUGCUGCACUAAAUAUUUUCCAGGAGUUUCUAAGGUUAAUGUGUUUGAUACCAGGGGGUUGGUGUCUUGAGAACUAUGUCAUAGACACGGUAAAGACUGGUAACAGGAGCCGGCAGGUUAACCUGUAGACCAUGGUGUUAAUUCCAUACGGUGUGUUUAGAUUAGGGAUGUGCUGAUACUCGUAUUUUCAGAGUAAUUACCUUUAAGAAGUAUUUGUUGGUAGGUAUUAAACAAAAUACACUUAUUUAAUAAUGUGUUGAUUAAAAAAAAGAAGCGCUGUCCUUCCCUCAUCUUUACAAUUAUGUACCACUCAAUGACCGUAAACUGGCAAUGAAAAUACGUUGCAAUUCUUUGUGGCGUUUAUUCAGAGGUUACACCAUGCCCAGGACUAUAAUCCCACAAUUCACUGCAGAGAUGACACAUUUAUACAGAAAAUAAGGAACCUGAAAGAAAAUAAUUUCAUAUCAAAAAGGAUAAGACAAAUAAUCGCUUAUGAAAUAUAAAUUUGUUUCAGUUAGUUUGAUCACGACACACUCUAUAUUUAGUAACACUGUCGACGGAAACCAUGGGGUCGGGUUGUUUUGUGUUGAGUCAUUAAUGUGUUUUAUUGAAUUUAAGUAAUACCUAAUAAUUUCGUAUUUCUUUAAAUUAAUUACUUGGCACACCCAUAGCUUAGAUCCCAUUUCUCUGAGUUGCACCCUGUGUGACUAUUAUUUCAAAUACAGUGAUUAUUUUUUUAUUUAAUUGCAGGGACAGAGUAAAAAUGAUUUGUAAAGCAGUUAAAGACGGGGUGAUUGACAUGUAGGGGGUUCUUUCUGAUUGGAUUCCGUUAUCCGAUUGUGUUCCGUUUUAAACAAGUGUUGGCUUUAAGUACAUUUAACUGUAUUUAUUUUGUGCCGGUGCUGGUAUUGUUAGCGAAUUGUGGAAGCACGUGGUAUGCGGUGCAGCACAUUCAAAUUAAAGGAAGAGUUGAUUAUUUUAUUUUUAGUGAAAAAUUGAAUCUUGUAUUUCUUUUAUAAUAUUGUUUGCUUUAAUACCGAGACCUAGUUGUCAUGCACUGCACAAAGAUGGGAACUUUACAUCACUGCAUGGGAGAAGGACAGACUUAUGUUCAAUUUAAGUAUAAAUCUCUGUGGAGAACACAGGUGGAGGCUAAAUAAUAAUAAAAGACCUAUAAGAAGAAAAAGAAUGGAAGCUUCUUGAGCUGUUUUAAGAUUUUUUUUUUUUAAAACAUUGUUUUUCCUUCUAAUGAUUUCCACACUAGCCUCACAUACAAGCUGCACAUAUGUAUACUUAUCCAUUACAUAAGUAUUACUGGCUCAAUUUAAAUUGUCCACGACCUCCUCAGAACUCUAGUCACGUUCCACAAAAGGUGGACUAUUACAUUAUCAGGUGUGUUAUCUCACCAGUCUGCUAUGCUGUCAAUGUCAGUUUAGCCAAUAAAGGAUUGCACAAUUUACUCAUAAAUUAUGGUUGAUAAAUGGAUACAUUGUUACUGCAUUUGUAGUUUGAUACAGCCGCCAAAAUUCACUGUAGAUAAAAUAUAAUAAACGCAGGUAAUUUACCCUUUGGCUUAAUUGCACUUGCUCAUUUGAUAGAAUUAAUUUUCGUGGUUCAUCCUCAUAGUACUUAGCCACAUUGGGUACAGUUUCUCUCAUCUGAGUUUUAAGGGUUUUACCUAUAUUUAAACACUUCUAAUAAUAAUCUAAUUGUUUUGUGGAUUUUACUUCAAACCAACCCCAGGAACCUCUGGGAACAAACUUGCCACCUGCUUCAAGCUGAUUCUGAGCUAUUGCACAAUGGACAAUUUAACUUGGGACAGUAUUGGAUAUAUGCCUAUUUGUGCGGUUAUACGGCGCUGGUGCAGUAUAGUUUCCAGUUGGAUAAGGCAUGGUUCAUUCUCACUCCCUAUAUGUCCAGCUUUAAUCUGUCUGACUGCUCUUUAUAAAGAGGUGCACUCAGACCGGUCUGGUCCCUCUUAAUAAGCUCUAAUCAGUCUUGGACCUCUGACUGGUCUGUGCAGAUACAGAACACUCCCUUUAAGACAGGGCUCAUAGGCAAGAGGUUAGUGUAAUGGUAUUAUGGGGUGAAUGGGAUCCAGGGCCACACCGCCUUAUAAUGAGGGAGGACUGUGCCAGCUUUCUCAAGAAAUUAAUAAAGAAAUGAAAAAAAUCUACUUGGAUUUUUUUCCAUUUAAACAGUGAUUACUAUGUUUUAAUACCUAACCUAUGAAUUAAUAUUACUUUUGUUGCUGAUAAUAAUAAUGGUAUUUUCCCCAGUCGCUGUGAAAUAAUAAUAAUCACUUGUGCAAUGAGACCUGUGGUUGUCUGGUAUGUUGUUUUAUUUAAUUUCUGUGUUUUGUGUGUAGCCAUUUCAUUUUAUACACAGGGAUCGCCGGUAUGCUGUUUUAUUUAAUUUCUAUUAUUGAGUGGACCCUGUUGUUCUGCACAAAGACCAUUCUCUGCAUGCUGUACCUCCUCAUGGAAGAUUCACAAAAUAAAGAAAUCUGUUACCAAACAAUGGUUGUGUUUCUGGGAGCGGGCACAUUGUAAAAAGUGUAGAAA